GCGGAGGGAAGAGUGAGUUGGGCUCAGUCGAGGCUUUCGCAGCAUCCACAGAAACCACACCCACUGCAUUUGCAUAGAGUAGACAGUACGAUUAUCCCGUUCUCCCCGCACUCCCAUCCGCUGUGAGCUUGGAUACGAGCUCUGAGGUGUAUAGCGCCUAACCCCCUUCUCAGCACUCAUACCACUUUUGCGGAAGGAAGCGAACUUUCCGUCAUGUCCGGGAGACCAAGCCGACUAGGCACGCCAGCCGACUUCAGCAGAACAGACGAAACAGCACAGCUGACGUGGUGGACGCCGGUCGUCCGUUGGGAAAAGAAGUGGGUAACCCCCGUCGGCGCAACCGGCCCCUCCAUCCUCCCCAAAGGGCUCACCCACGAGCCCCGGAUCCUCAAAUACGUCAAAGUCUCCGAAAAGCGGCGCCCGUCCUUCGUCGACGACGACGAGGGCAGUCUGUCACCAGAGCCCUCAAACGCCGAACUCGAGCAGGAGGAGGAUAAUGCGCAACCAGCCACCCACGAUCUGGAAGGCGAUAACGCGUCCGAAGAAGACUUGGAUGCAGACGCAGAUCCGGAUGGGGAUACGGGCACGGUGGAGGAGUUGCAGCGGCAGGAGCGGCCGGAUAAUGUGGAUGAGAUGGAGCAGUUGGAGUCGACGCAGUUGAUUGUCGAGGAGGCGAUUGAGAUGUCUGGGGCCGGGAGGGAUCUCAUUACUGCAAAGGACGUGGAAGAAGCUCUGUCCCACCCCAUGCAAAGCAGCCCACACGUUCGACACGACCGUGCCGCCUCGCCCAAGAAAUCUCCCCUGCUACCGGUUAGUCCGCAAAAGGUGAAUGUGGGCCUGGCGCAGAUUGAGGUGUCCCCAACGGGAGAGUUGGAGGUGACGGAACCAGCAGCAGAGUCUCGUACCACUGGAGAAGUCGCGGAGACGUCGCCGAGGCAAGGGGGUGCGGAGCCUGCGGUCGAAGGAGACGCGAUUAAGCCGGAAGAGGAUAUUGAUAUCAUGGACGAUCCUAUGGUUACUGAUGAGACACCGGCACAAUCAUGAGAGUUCUUGAUAAGAGAUAGCCAAAGAGGAAAGGCU